UCCCCAGUUUCGCCUUCUUUAAGUAAAAGCUUUCAAGCGGGGAUGACUAUAUUUUCUUUAGUGAGUUUUCAAGUACGGAAAAGUAUUUUUCUGAAAAGCACCAGAAUUUGUCCCACAAAAGAGUAUUGUCCAACGAACAAAAACAUUCCUUCCUUUGCAUACACAACUUUGGCGUUCACUAGUUCAUCCCAGAUUUGUUUCAGAUUGUUCCAACAAACUAAUUGUUCCACUGGUCAGAUCUCAUCAGCACCUACUUCUAACUGUUGUGAUGGGCUUACUUCUCCCCAUGGCCUCCAAGUCGUAUUUCCGGAUGUCUUCCGCCUUCCUCAUUUUCCUCGGUCUCGGAGUGGUCCCCCUCCUCGUCUCCCUAAUCCAUCCAGUCGACGGCAACCCCAUGAAACAUUACUCCUCCUGCAAAACCUCCCCUGAGCUCAUCAUGUCCGCCUUCUUCAACUCCUGCAAGCAGAAGCGAAGUCACGGUCGGCGAGAAAUGGUGUCUGGCACUCGUCCAGUUUCGGAAGAGCUUGAGAACCCUGAAGUUUGGGAAAUCCUCUUCAACGACAUUCACCUCAUGAAGGAGUGGACCAACACGAUCAAGAAGUACUCCCCCCAACAUCCCAAGAGGGAGCCUUCCCCACGUCGCACCAAGAAAUCAGUGUCCCGAUGGCGCAGAACCACCCCGGCCACAUCAACCUCACUAUUGUUCGAAGAGCUGGAACUCCCCCAUGAAAAUGGUGAGAUUGACCCUAUCGACCCUCAAAAAACUGACUCCUCCUCCAGUUCGGAGGACGAUGUGGAUGGCAAGUUGUGGAAAUGGAUGGUGGACGCGUCCCGAGUGAUCGGAGGGCGAGACAGGUUGAGGCGCGAGGAGUACGGCCAAGUCGUCGCUGCUGUGCACAAGUGUUGUCAUUUUGGCUGCGAUGCGUCCGAUUUUCCAUGUUAGCUUGUUCCAUUUUAUGAUUUUGAUUGAUUUUCGAGCUCAAAGUAUGAUAUCAAUGUCGCCUUUUGUAAUAAACUACGACACACAGUUUAAUGCACAUCAAAAUUAAAUUCGCUUUAUUUUUAUACAAUUUAAAUUUUUGCUUAGUUAAUAAAUACACGGACAUAUGCUGAAACAUA